AUGUCAAGCAAGAAAGAUAAAUUGAAUACAUACACCCACCUUUUACAGGAUAUAGUCAGGCUAGAUGACCGGGAAUGGCAAUUCAAUGUUCCGAAUUUGCCAAACGCAGACAAGCUCAAUCAGAGACAAUUCGUAAAAGUCGUCACAUUGGUUACGAAGGGAUCCGAACAGCAUAUGGUGCUCAAGUUGGAACACAUCAAUGUGAAUCGAGCACUUAGAAGUGAUCCUCUUGAUCGUUUUAUGGUUGUUUCCCUAGCAAAUUUCCGUCCUGUUAGCAAUGUAUCUACUACUGAAGGCGCCUUGCGACCGACAACCCCAAGAGAAUGCACCGACUAUGUUAUCCGACUACUUAGAUCCGGAAUCUCCUUGCAGGGGGUUCACUACAACUUCUACGGUCAUAGUAAUAGUCAAUUGAAAUCGCGAACGUGCUUCCUUUAUGCAGCCCCCAAGGAGGAGGUCACGCGUAAGGUCGAAGCUCUUGGUGACUUCGCCAAGAUGAAGACUGUCGCUAAGAAGGCAAAACGAAUUGGUCUUCUCUUUUCCACUGCUCACGUAGCAGACACCGUAAAGCCAGAUCGAUGCGAAGAUAUUGCCGAUAUUGAGACGAUGGACUACGUUUUCACAGAUGGUUGCGGUCUGAUUUCUCCACGUCUAGCGCAGGAGCUCUCUCGAAAGCUUAAGAUUGUGUUCCGGGACCGUCGAUAUACCCCCUCCGUCCUCCAGAUCAGAUACCGUGGCUACAAGGGCGUUGUCACGUUAGAUCCGCGUUUGAAAAAAGAGCCCAUUUUAUUGAAGUUGAGAAAAUCAAUGAAGAAAUUCAGUGGAGGCGAUGACUACUCUUUUUCUGUAGUCGAGUACUCGAAGCCUUACACAUUUGGCUUUCUGAAUGAUGAGGUCGUUAUUCUGCUACACAGUCUAGGAAUUCCACAGUCCGUUCUAUUGAAGAAACAGGAACAGCACUUUGAAUUUCUCGCGACUGCUACCAGGGAUGAGCGGGCGGCCUUCCGCUUUCUGUCAUACGUGAAUAUGCCUGACCUCGCCGAAAAAGUCGUAAUGGAAUCACUUGACUCGAUUCGACCGAGGGUCAAUGCUCUUGUUAACUCCGAAUUUGAUAAGAUGCUCAACAAGAGGGAAGAACAGAAGUGCAGAAUUCUCGUGCCACAGUCGAGGCUGUUGUUUGGCGUUUGCGAUGCUUGGGGUGUCUUGAAAGAGGGCGAAUGCGCAGUCAAAGUUACUACGGAUGGCGAUGGGCAACCCCGUGCCCUCAAAAGCACAGAAGUCUUAGUGACAAGAAAUCCUUGUUUACACCCUGGGGAUUUGCAGAAGUUCAAGGUUGUAGAAAAGCUUGAAUUGGCUCACUUGGUGGAUUGCAUCGUCUUUCCAACGCAGGGCAGACGGCCCGCAGCCGAUAUGAUGUCGGGUGGUGACCUUGACGGUGAUACCUUUUUCGUUUGCUGGGACAGCGAACUCAUUCCGUCCAAAAUCGCACAGUCAGCACAAUACCCAGGGGCUCGUGAGCCUCUCAGAUUCAAUCCUAUCACGGACGAUGAUCGAUUAGUCUACUUCGCUGGAUACACAAACACCUCUUUAGGCCGCGUUAAGAAUCUAUACCUCGAUUGGGCGAGAGUUCGGGGUCCCAUGUGUGCCGAAUGCCAAGAGCUUAACCGGUUAUUUUCCCAAUGUGUUGAUGGGAAUCGUAUCAAAAUCCCACCAAAACUGAUGAACAGCCCACCGGUUGGCCCGGAUACCCCCCCUUUUAUCCUUGAUGAACUGCAUAACGCAGCAAAGCAGUCAAUAGAAAGAAAUGAGAGCCUCACUAGAGACUGGAAUGGCUUACCAUUCGAGGUGGUUGAACUCUUAUUAGCUCGGGAUAACAUUGCUAUGUCUGAAUUUGAGCUGAUCAGGCUCACCUUCAAAUGGUGUAGGAAGAACGACGCUCCACUUGAGGAUUUCCUAGACUUCUUUGACUUCAAUGUCCUAGCAUACGAAGAAAAAGCAUGGGUGCUUGGUCAGCUUCCUCCAACAAGAGAUGUGCCAAGUCUAAUCAUGAACGCACUUUGUUCAUCAAGCCUUGUAAAUGAGCAUGAGUUACAGAGGUUCGGACUCAAUCACCCAAGGAUUAGAUGGAAACGUUACUUCUCUUCAGAAUGCGAUCGGCUAGCCACAUUCCUCGAUACAGCAACCAAAACUCUUGAAUUAUACCAUCGUAAACUAAUUCUCUUUCGAGUUGAUGAACGAUUGACGGUAGGAAUAUACGUUCCGCAGAGGGUUGAGAAAUCACAAGACUGCCUCGUGGAUGACCACGUACGCCUUCUUGCAUUUCCGCAUUCCCAAGGAGCCGAAACACAGAGCCGACUAACUCUUCCCACGAAAAAGAAUUACCGCCUCUAUUGCGAUGAAAACGCCUUUCAACUUUUCGAAGGUCAGCGUGGAAACACGUGGAUCUUCAUCGGUCGCGGCCCGUCCGACGAUAGUGAGUAUCGAAACACGACAAAUAAAGGAGAUCGGAGACGACAGCGACAGGCAACAGUAGACAGUGGGGUCAACUUUGAUUGCAGAGCAAGCAUCGCACUAGACAAGUUCAGUAGAGGAAUGCAGAAGCAUGUUGGACGAGUGAAUCGGAAUGGGAUUUCUGCGGCAGAAAUAUAUAUCAUUAGCAAUCGCGACACCGAUUCUAUGAAUAGGCUCGACCUCUGGCUAGAGUACAUUGACACGGAGGAAAGGUUGCCUCUUUUCGAGCAGACCGCAAAAGAAUACACAAUCCCUAGUGUCAAGGAUGUAGAUUGGAUGGCAGAACCCGAAUAUAUACCUCGGAUUGCGAAACAGCAAGAUUUUUCCGUCCUUAUGGAUAUGGAAACGACUGAAGAAUAUGAACAUCUUUUCUCCUGGCUAUUCGAACGGGAUCAGAAAGGAUUACUUUUUCAAUGCUUCGAAUACCUGCUCAGAAUUAUUGGGGAAGAUCAAUUCGACCAGGUACAAUGGCAUGAUGUCCUUCAAGCAAUGCUAGAAUUUCUCAAACGCGCUCCAUUUUUAGCGGUCAGUUUCCCUCCGAAGGAAACCAGCGACACGUCUUGGCAUGAGUUAUCAACGCUACUUGAAUCUCAUAGCAUAACUAUCCUACGUGCUUACGUCCUGUAUGCCAAUGAUGCGCAAGAACUCAUCGUGACACCUUUCCAAUCCUUCCUAUCUACAAUCCAAUUCUUGGGGAAGGAUGAGUUCGCCGAUGUUGUGCAACUCAUAUCUCUUUCGGUACGAUCAUCAGAAAUUGCUUUGGAUCUUCUUCUCGGGUCCCUUGAACGUGAGAGCAGCCGAAUCCUCUCAGGCCGACCAGCAGUCAUUCAUCACUUCGUGCGAAAUCUCAUAGGUAUCGCGAUCGAUCAUAUCGGGGAAGCAAGUGAAGAGCAUAAAGCCAGAGAAGGUCUGCUCGAAUUGAAAUUGCCCCAAGAGCAGAAGGAAGGCCAACAGUCGGACGGCAACAUCGUCGAGAUACCGUUCAGAAUUGAUGCACCAGGUGGAACACCAGAAACAUCGGCACAUGUGCGUUUGACCACAGCUAGCCCGCCAGAGAAUGACGUGGUAGGAAAAAAUUAUUCUAUCGAUGGGCUUGUCGUACGAUCCGAACAAGUUCUUGCACGUAUCCAAUGUUUCCACCCAUUACCUCCAUAUUUUGAACGUUGCUCGUGGAGGAUCCAGAACUGUGGCCCUUUCGUGACCAGCAGAACCAUGUUCGAUGCCGUUCGCACUUUCGCGACAGAACCCGGGAAAUGCAGGAUUCGAGAGCAGAUCCUAGGGCUACCAAUGCCAGAUAUAUUUCUAGAUCCGGAUGGAGAGCGACUGGUCUUUGAACCUAGGGAAAACCUGAACGCCAGUCAGAACGCAGCCGUCAAAGCAGUUCUGAAAUCCCCACUUAUCUGCUUAUGGGGGCCUCCAGGAACGGGCAAGACAGAAACUAUCGUGGAGAUGAUACGGGAAUUCCAGAAAGCCUUCAUAGAAGCAAGGAUCUUAGUGACGGCACCUACUCACAAUGCUGUGGAUAACGUUAUGCGGAGAUAUAUUACGCGCCUGGGUCCCGAAAACAUAUCUAUGCCGCGUCUCUCCCCACUUCGAGUGUCAACUGAAGUUCGCAAAGUAGCGGAGGACUUGAGAAAGUAUACGUGCGACGCAAUGGCAGGUCAAGAUAUCAACACCAGUCGAAUUGCACACGAUCAGGCUAAAAAGAGGAUUAAGAACUGCCAAAUAAUCUUCACCACUUGCAUUGGCUCGGGACUUGGCCUUCUUCGCUCGCAAGAUUUCGAUACGGUUAUCAUCGAUGAGGCAUCACAGCAAACCGAGCCCGCGUCUUUAGUUCCGCUGGUGAAGGGUUGCGAGAGAGCUAUCCUAGUAGGAGACCAUGUCCAACUUCGCCCGACAGUUCAACCCAACGCGGCUUUGGUUGAAUUUGACGUAUCGCUCUUCGAACGGCUCUACAAACAACCAGAUUUGUCGCAAGACAAUCAGCUUGAUCAUCCGAUAGCGGAAAACAAUUCUCACCCAGUAACCAAAUUGAUGCUGGAUACACAAUAUCGUAUGCAUGAGUUAAUCUGCGAGUUUACAUCAAAAGAGUUUUAUGAUCACAAGCUCCAGACCGGAAUCCGACCCGAUUCAAGACCACUUUUUAAUUCGGCAUUCCCGUGGCCCUCCCACGUCUCGUCAAUUGGGAGUGGACUCCAGGCAGCAUCAGCGACUGAGAGAGCAAGAAUGGUGUUCGUAGAAUGUGCAAUCAGGGAAGACUUGGGUAAUAAAUCAAAAGUUAACCAAGGCCAGGCAAAGCUCUGCGCUCACAUAUGCAAACUGCUAUGUACGGAGGCAGACAAGGGAGACAAACCAGCCAAUCCAGCACCAAUGAUUGCGGGCAAGCAGUCUAUCGCGGUACUCACGCCAUAUUCGCGACAAGUAGAGCUAUUGAAGAGACUACUAUCUAAUGUAGUUGGUGAUGUUGAGGUUUCGAGCAUCGAUGGAUUUCAAGGCCGCGAAGCUGACAUAGUUGUAUUCGUAUCCGUUCGAUGCAACGAACGUCAAGAGAUCGGAUUCCUGAAAGACCUACGUCGGAUGAACGUCGCAUUGACCCGGGCCCGAGCCGGACUAAUAGUUAUCGGCAACCGGACGACUUUGACGAAAGGUACGGCGGAUCCGGAGAGUACUGCUAUGUGGGCCAGGCUGGUAGAACAGCUGACGCCGGUUCCAAUUGAGAUAUAA